AUGGCUUCCUCCUGUGGCAACGACGAGGACCUGACUCUCCCCAGAGCUGCUGUCAACAAGAUGAUCAAAGAGACGCUCCCCAACGUCCGGGUGGCCAGCGAAGCCCGGGAGCUAGUGGUGAACUGCUGCACUGAAUUCAUUCACCUCAUCUCUUCGGAAGCCAAUGAGAUUUGCCACGAAUCGGCGAAGAAGAACAUCUCCCCAGAACAUGUCAUGCGAGCCCUAGAAAGUUUGGGCUUUGGCUCUUACAUCAGCGAAGUCAAAGAAGUGUUACAAGACUGCAAGACGGUAUCGUUAAAAAGAAGAAGGAAAGCCCGUUCUCGUUUGGAAAACCUCGGCAUUCCCGAAGAAGAGUUACUGAGGCAGCAGCAGGAACUGUUUUCAAAAGCUAGGCAGCAACAAGCAGAACUGGCCCAGCGGGAGUGGCUUCAAAUGCAGCAAGCUGCCCAGCAAGCACAGCUCAUGGCUGCCUCAGCCAGUGCGUCUAACCAGGCAGGGUCUUCUCAGGAUGAAGACGACGAUGAUGAUGAUGAUGCUAUCUGAAAUUCACCAGCUGAGGUUCUGUUUCCUCUGCACAAGGAAACUGCGAAAGAAAUGCUUAUCUGUAACUUUGUGUGCAUCUGGAUGGAUGUGCCACUGGUACCCUGGGGAUGUCUGCUACUGGUUUUCAUCUGUU